AUGCCUCCCGUCACUACAUCCCACAUAACCAAUGACCUCUACUCAGCCCUCUACGUUAUCUGGGCACCACUCAAGGAGGGAAACACGAUCAGCCUGGCCUCACUUGAGAGCUACGAGCAGGCCGAUCAGAUACUGGAUGGAUACCGCGGUUUCCAGGCUUACCUCUACGAUAUCAAUGCUGGCAGAAGAAUACCCUCGUGCGCACUGGCUAUCUUCGCUCUCGUCCGCCUUGCCCAGCUCCGCGUCCUGAGACCUAUCGCCCCCCUCAGCAAUCGCGGUAGUAUCUCCAUCCUCUUCCGGAACGAGCGCCUCAACUGGCCAGUUCUGAGUAACUUCCUUCCCCACUCCACUGACAGUGAGGGGGUAGUCCGUCAUGCCUUGACCCAGUUGCUGGACGGGCUGAGCUUGCUGGUGCCGAAUGAGACGCUUGCCUGGCGCUUUACGCGGCAUGCCAUCGAGCCGGCUUUGUUUGGACGCGGGGUUAUGGAGGCUCGGAUUGAUGGGGUUCUGGCAGAUCGCCGCACAGAUGAGGAAACUGCCAAGAUGGUCUGCUGGAUUCAGCAUGAUGUGAGGAAGAGCCGUGCCCGCCCGCCUCCUCGGUACCUGUGUAUCUCUCAGUGGCAGGAAGAGAUAUACCUUGUCGUUGCCAAUUUCUCGAAGGAAUAUGAGGAGUACAUCAGGACCAUCGAGGACUCUGAACUCGGAUACCCCUUCAGAAUGGUCCCUGAUAUCAUGGUGAUGGAGGAAUAUGGUCCUUUCAACAUCAGGGAUGCGGAGGAUAUGAAGGAGUUUGCCAGACAUGUUGUGGCAUACUAUUGUGAGAUUCAGAGGACGACAUAG